CCCUGCCCUGCCCGGCCCGCCCAGCCCCGGUGUGGCAGCGGCUCAUGGCGGCGGUGGGGCCCCCGCAGCAGCAGGUGCGGAUGGCCCAGCAGCAGGUCUGGGCGGCGCUCGAAGUGGCGCUCCGGGUGCCCUGCCUCUACAUCAUCGACGCCAUCUUCAACUCGUACUACGAUUCCAGCCAAAGCCGGUUCUGCAUCGGGCUUCAGAUCCUUCUCCGACUCCUCGGUAUAGUUGUGUCCAGUAUUGUUCUGAUCUUGUCACAGCGAUCACUUUUCAAGUUUUACAUGUACAGCUCAGCCUUUCUAUUAGCUGCGACUUCAGUGUUGCUGAAUUACUAUGCUGCUUUGCACAUUGACUUCUAUGGUGCCUACAAUACAUCAGCUUUUGGAAUCGAGCUGCUUCCUCGAAAAGGGCCCUCCCUGUGGAUGACACUCCUCGUUCUGCAGCUCACCUUUGGAAUUGGAUAUGCCACACUACUCCAGAUUCAGUCCAUCUACUCACAGCUCAUUAUUUUGAAUAUCUUGGUUCCUGUAAUCGGCUUAAUCACAGAGCUACCAUUACACGUCAGAGAGACUUUAGUUUUCACGUCUUCCUUGAUUCUCAUACUAAAUACAGUGCUUGUCUUGGCAGUAAAACUUAAGUGGUUUUAUUAUUCCACUCGGUAUGUUUACUUGUUAGUGAGGCAUAUGUACCGAAUUUAUGGAUUACAGUUAUUGAUGGAGGACACCUGGAAGAGGAUUCGUUUCCCAGAUAUACUUCGGGUCUUCUGGCUAACAAGAAUUACAGCUCAGGCUACAGUGUUAAUGUACAUUUUAAGGAUGGCAAAUGAAACUGAGUCCUUCUUUAUUUCUUGGAAUGAUUUCUGGGACCUCAUCUGCAAUCUAAUAAUUAGUGGGUGCGAUUCUACACUAACUGUAUUAGGCAUGAGUGCUGUAAUUUCUUCAAUAGCCCAUUAUUUGGGCCUUGGAAUAUUGGCCUUUAUUGGAUCAACUGAAGAAGAUGACAGGCGGCUUGGCUUUGUAGCACCUGUCUUAUUUUUCAUUUUGGCUCUUCAGACUGGUUUAAGUGGGCUGAGACCUGAAGAGAGACUCAUUCGCUUAAGUAGAAACAUGUGCCUUUUACUAACUGCAGUCCUGCAUUUCAUCCAUGGAAUGACAGACCCCGUAUUAAUGUCUCUUAGUGCCUCCCAUGUGUCAUCUUUCCAUAGACAUUUUCCUGUGCUGUUUGUCUCUGCUUGCCUGUUUAUUCUUCCUGUUUUACUCAGUUACGUUCUUUGGCAUCACUAUGCACUAAACACAUGGUUAUUUGCAGUUACAGCCUUCUGUGUGGAACUCUGCUUGAAAGUAAUAGUUUCUCUCACUGUUUAUACGCUAUUCAUGAUUGAUGGCUACUAUAAUGUCCUCUGGGAAAAGCUUGAUGAUUAUGUCUACUUUGUUCGCUCGACAGGCAAUAUUAUCGAAUUUAUAUUUGGAGUAGUAAUGUUUGGGAAUGGGGCCUAUACCAUGAUGUUUGAGUCAGGAAGUAAAAUCCGGGCUUGUAUGAUGUGCCUACAUGCGUAUUUUAACAUCUACUUACAAGUAAAAAAUGGCUGGAAGACAUUCAUGAACCGUAGAACUGCUGUUAAGAAAAUCAAUUCACUUCCUGAAAUAAAAGGGAGCCACUUGCAAGAAAUAGAUGAUGUAUGUGCAAUCUGCUAUCAUGAGUUUACAACAUCUGCUCGUAUUACACCUUGUAACCAUUAUUUCCACGCACUCUGCCUUCGGAAAUGGCUGUACAUUCAAGAUACUUGUCCAAUGUGCCAUCAGAAAGUGUACAUUGAAGAUGAUAUCAAGGAUAAUUCAAAUGUAUCUAACAACAAUGGAUUUAUUGCACCCAAUGAAAAUCAAAAUCCAGAGGAAGCUUUAAGAGAAGAGGCUGCUGGAUCUGACCGGGAAUUGAAUGAGGAUGACAGUACAGACUGCGAUGAUGAUGGUCAAAGAGAGAGAAGCGAGGGGACUCAGCACACAGGCCCAGCAGCAGCAGCAGCAGCAUUUAAUGACGACACUGAUUAA